GAAUUUUCCCCUUACUCAGGUGUUCUUUUCAUUUCCAGGAAGGCGCACACACAGGGGGAAGGCGGCUUGAAGGGCUACCAGGCCCUCCGAUCGCUUCCCUUUUCCUCACAAUUUUAUCUGCCGACUUUGAGAAAGCUCGCAGCUCACUCCCGUUCCUGCAUCCCCAUCUCCUUUUGAUCGUCUCUUCCUCGUCGCUCCCAAUCCGACACACACAGUACCCUAGAGAAUAGAAUCGGACGAGAUUGAGUUGAAAAACAAGAGGCAAUGCAGGGGUUCCCAGGAUCAGUUCCGGAUUUGUCCCAGCUUCGGUCCACCAUGAUUGCAGUUGAACAGGCUUGCUCCAUGAUCCAGAUGCACAUGAAUCCAACUGAAGCAGAGAAAAUUAUUGUUUCACUGCGGCAAUCCUCAAUGCCAUUCCAGGCUUGCCGAUUCAUACUUGAAAAUUCUGAAUUGCCAGCUGCAAAAUUUCAAGCUGCUGGAGCAAUUGGUGAUGCUGCAAUUAGAGAGUGGGGAAUGCUUACAGAUGAGAAUAAGAAAAACUUAAUAGUAUUCUGUCUACACUAUGUUAUGGAGCAUGCAAGUGCUUCUGAUGCUUACGUCCAAUUAAAGGUGUCUGCAGUUGCAGCUCAACUGUUAAAACGAGGAUGGUUUGAUUUUGUUGAUGCUGAAAAGAUUUGUAUUCUCUUAGAGGUGAAGCAAGCCAUUCUAGGACCUCAUACAUCAGAUGUGCAAUUUGCAGGGAUUAAUUUCCUUGAGUCCUUGGUAUCUGAAUUUUCACCUGCAACUUCGACUCCGAUGGGCCUUCCUAAAGAUUUUCACACCCAAUGUCAUUUGUCAAUGGAAUCUAAUUAUCUGAAGGAGUUCUAUUGUUGGGUUCAAUCUGCUGCGUUUAAUGUGACUGAAAAGAUAGUGAGCUCAUAUGCAAGCAUAUCUGAUGAGAAAGCAUGCUCUGCAGCACUGCGGUUUAUGUUUCAGCCAGGACCCUCAUGGCAUGGUGCUAUAUUAUCAAGCGGACAAACUCUUUGGCUUUUGAACUUGUAUGCAACAGUUCGCCAGCAGCAUUUAUCUGAUAUUUUGUGGUUUGAUUCUCCCUUAUCAGUCUCUGCCAGGCAGCUAGUAGUGCAGUUAUGCUCUUUGUCAGGGACUAUAUUUCCUUCCGACAAUGGGGAAACACAUAUUAAGCACCUAGUGCAGAUUCUGUCAGCUGUUAUUGAUUGGAUUGAGCCGCCUAACAUAGUCUCAGGAGCAUUACGUGGGGGGCGAAGUGAAAGUGAGAUGAUUGAUGGUUUUCAUGUAUUACUUUCCAUGGCAACCAUGACUACAACUGUGCUUUUUGAUAAUCUUCUUAGGUCUUUAAGACCUUUUGGUACAAUUCAAUUAUUGUCUGCCUUGACUAGUGAAAUUGUUAAAACUCAUGUGAGAAGAACUGAUGAUGAUCAAACAUGGACAUCAGAGGCUCUUGAUAUUCUCUUGGAGAUAUGGACCCUCAUUCUUGGGAGAAAUGACAAUGAAAGAAAAGUUUCACCUGAAAACAUAUCAUCAUUAUCGAAUUUAUUCAAAGCUAUUGUGGAGUCACAUCUUAAUGCUGCUGCCCAAUCUGCAUUUGAAGAUGAUAGUGAUGCUGAGUAUUUUCAUGUCUCUGUAUCAAAACGAGAUGAAACUUUGUAUGCAUAUGCUCUUAUUGCACGAGCUGCAGUUGAAACCAAUAUUUCCUUUCUUAUGAAACUGUUUUCAGAACGUUGUGCUCUUCUCAGUCAGAAUAAUGAAAGUUGUGAUCCUACACAAACCUUAGAAGAACUCUACUGGCUUCUAUUGAUUACUGGUCACGUGCUCACUGAUUCAGGUGAUGGAGAAACAGUAAUGAUUCCAGAAGCAAUACAAGACGGGUUUGCUGAUGUAUCAGAUGAAUCACAGCAUCCAGUGGUUGUUUUUUCCUGGUCAAUAUUAAGUUUUGCUAGGCAAAGUUUGGAUUCAAAAAUGAGAACAAUGUAUUUCAGUCCUCGACUCAUGGAGCAAGAAAGCAUGAUGCUGUUGGUUUCUUCCAAGCAAGAUAAAGGGCUGCGCAAAAAGGCUAUAGGCCAUCAGCGAUGUGACAUGACAACUGAGGAGAUAGGUAGCGAGAAAAAUCCAUAG